CAGUUUGCGAUCACAUGGAGCAAUGGAGCGACAGAUUAGCAUGUGAAAGGCAUGGUGACGGUUACACUCACCCGGAUACCCACAGUGCUGCCCUGUAAAGGUUAUCUAUAUGGGAGUUUGUGUGUAUACUCCUGCCUUUGCACUAAAUGCAGUCACUGGGUUUGAACUAUGGGGAACAGUGCUGGCCACUGGACUAGUGUGCAUGUUGUACACAACACUGGGUGGUUUGAAGGCCGUCAUCUGGACAGACGUCUUUCAGACUGUUGUGAUGUUUGCAGGGCAGCUGGCUGUCAUUGUGGUGGGAGUGCAGAAGACUGGAGGAGUGGCUGAUGUUUGGAGGAAAGUCUGGGAGGGAAACCGCAUCUCUGGUCUCGACACCAUAUCGUCGGCCUUCAACUCAUUAGCUACUGUAACAAUGGAAGACCUCAUCAAACCGCAAUAUCCUGCCAUGACUGAGGCGAGAGCAACCCUGCUGUCCAAAGUUUUAGCUAUGUCCUAUGGACUGCUCUGCCUGGCCAUGGCAUAUCUCACUCACCUCAUGGGUGAUUCGGUUUUACAGGUGGCUUUGAAAAUCUUCGGCAUGGUUGGUGGUCCUAUUCUUGGUCUGUUUUGUCUCGGGAUGUUCUUCCCGUGGGCCAACUCCAUCGGAGCUCUGGUAGGUCUGUGUGCAGGACUGGUUGUGGCUUUCUGGCUCGGCAUUGGAAGCAUCCUCACUCGUAGCACAAGACCACUACCACUCGAAUGCGGCGCCAAUGCGACUAUUGCUAUUCAGACAGCGUUCAACAAUACCACUCUGAGUCAACCCUCUGGACUCAAGAGAUUUUACUCCCUGUCCUACAUGUGGUACAGUGGCUUUAACUGCACUACAGUCAUUUUAAUAGGCCUGAUUAUCAGCUUUCUCACAGGCCCAACAAAGGAAGAAGAUGUGAAGCCAGGAACACUCUAUCCCCUGUUAGGAAAACUUUUUUGUUUUCUACCUGAACACCUGAAGAAGAAGCUCUGCUGUGUGACUCCACUGGGACAAACGCUUGCAGCACCGCAGAGGCAACCUUCACAACACAAAGAAGGUAAUGGACUGGCAUUCCCACAAGAAGAUAGAUCAUCACUGGAAGAGAGGGAAAAUUUUCUUCCCGAGACUUUCGUAGAGUAUGAAACCGCAGUGUGACGUCGACGUCUGUCACAAGAGGCUCUAUUCAGCUCCCUCUAAAAAUGUACAUGUAGAAGUUGUGAAUAUCGUCCACAUUAGAUUGAUGCCUGCAGCAUUCAAAGCUACAAAUUUUUCAACAUUUAACAUCAGAAUUUUUUGUUUGUUUGUUUUUCUAUUUAUGUCAAAAGACUCAGCUGAACCUGUCAGUGUCUGAGUCAGUUAUGUCUUACUUACAUACACUACUUGUCCGCUUUAUGUGAAUGCAGCUGACAAAUUGACCUUGUACUAGGCCCUGAGGCAGCUCCUCGGUUAAACAUCCGUUUUAGCUUUUCUUCCAUUAAGCAGGUUUAUUCGGAUUGAGGGCCCCUCGCAAACAGCAGAGCCAAAGCUGAGUCCCUGAGAUGAUUAUCUUAGGAAUAUCCACUCUCACCUUGACCUAAAUGAGCAAAGACUAUAGAGGCAACUUUCACACCUAAACUUUGCACAUAUGCCAACCUCAUUAUAUUUUGGCCAUGUUAAAUUUGAGCAUCUCCUAUUGAAACGGUAUAAAAAAACUGCAGCAAGUAGGGUGAAGAAUAACAGACUCACUUCAGAUUGUUAGCUGCUUUCUGGAAGGUUUUUCCUGAGUACAUGUUAAAAAGCUGAACUAUGCUGAUAUAUGUCAAAAUUGAUACGUUGGGAGCUUGACAUAAGAAGAAAAGAAGUAAACAUAUUUCAUGGUGAUAUUUUCUUUGUACUUGAUGACUGUUUAGCAUUACUGUGGCUGUUUUAAAAAUGGUCCUGUGAAAAGAUACAGCCUUGUCUGUUAAGAAUGUUUGAUUAUUACUUGACCGAAAAAGUACAAAACUUUCUAAAGAGAAUUAAAGAUUUUAUAGUUA